UUAAAAGUUCAAGAUGGCGGCCAAUUCGACGGAAAGCGAAGUGAAUGAUCUUUUCGGCUAUUUGUCGUUGGAUUCAAAAGAAGACGUUAAAACCUUAGUUUUAAAAUACUUGCUAGGUCUAACUGGAAGCGCGGACGGUAUGAAAUUUAUUGAAAAGAAUCCAAAACUGCUCGAAAAAGUCAUAGAAUUAACGGAUGAUAACAACGAAGGAGUACAGAAGGACGCGUUUGUCUUUCUUCUAAAUGCCUCCGCUUCUGAAAUCGUGGCGCGAAGACUGGAAACUAUGAGCAUUUUCGAGUUGAUAUUACCACGGAUUAUCGAAAAGAAUUGCGCAUUUGCUGACAACGCAGCUAUGCUCUUAUCAAAUUUGACUAGAUCGGAAUUAAGCUGUGAAUUGUGCUUGAAAUGUAUGGAAAAAACACCGCAGUACUCUCUUAAGAUCAUUUUUGAUAUACUCCAAAAUGAGAAGUACAAUGAUUGUGUAGAUUUGCAUCAUCUGGCAGCAUUUCUGUCCAAUUUAAGCAGAAUAAAAGCCGUCAGAAUGGUCGUCCUGGAAAGGACUAGUAAUCUAAUUCAAACACUGCUACCAUACAUUAGCUUUCAAAAUUCUGUCGUGCGUAGGAAGGGAGUUGUUGGUAUUAUACGGAAUUGCUGUUUUGAGUAUGAAUCUCAUAAUUGGCUGCUUGGUGACGAUGUUGAUAUCCUACCAAUACUGCUGUUACCACUCGCUGGACCAGAGGAAUUCUCGGAAAGCGAUAACGAUAAGCUUCCACUGGACUUACAGUACCUGGAUGAUGAUAAGAAACGUGAGUCGGACCCAGGCAUACGGAAAAUGCUGCUGGAAUGCCUCUUGAUGCUUUGUUCCACGAAGUCUGGUCGGCGGUACAUCAAAGAGAAGAACGCCUACGUCAUCAUCCGGGAACUUCACAAAUGGGAGAACGAUGAGGCGGUUUGUCAGACGAUUGAAAAUCUUGUGCAAGUUUUAAUCGGAGAUGAACCUGAGGACGAUAUGGCAAACUUACAUGAAGUUGAAAUACCUGACGAUAUACGGGCUCAGCUUGAAGAAGUUGAUAAAAAGUAGUGCGUUUAAGAAAACGUUUGAGAUUAACCAAAACAAACUAGACUGACAGAUGGAUUAAGUCUAACUCAUAAGGCGUUAACAAAAAAUUCUGUUGAGCGAUUCAUUAAUAAGAAUAUAAAACACUUGAAA